GGGCGUGGCCUCGGCUCCGCGCGCGCGGCUUGAACGUUGGCCCCCAACGGUCGGUUGGAGGAACGAGUCCCGGCUCUUCGGCGGAGGGAGCGGGAAGGGGCCGAAAAGGAGGCCGCGGGGGGGAGUCGGCGGAAGUGUCCGGACGGUCGCCCCCCCCUCCAGGGGCCCAAAUAAGGAGAUGGCAACAGUAACUCCCAGGAAAAGAAAUCGCAGUGCCACUAACUGUGCUGGUUUAUCAUCUGGAAACCCAAUGAAGAAACUAAUAUUGGACUUCACAGAAGUUACAUCUCCAUUAUCAAAUUUGACCUCUAAAAAGCAGGUCUCAAAAGCCAGUGAUGAGACAAAAGAAAAUCCAUGUCAGGUAUUCCCACAGAGCAUUUCAUGGCAGGGCAAUAAGCCACCAUUUCAAACAGCCUUUCCUGCUAAAAAAACACCUGGACCAUCACCAUUUAAGUCAUCAAAACCAGGCUCUCCAUAUCAAUCUGCUGUAUCCACUCUAACCUUUUAUAACAAGGAGAAUCAGUAUCUUAAUCCCCUGGAGAGGAAGCUGGUCAAAGAGAGCAGGUCAAUUUGCCACAAAAACAAUAGUGGAGUCUUUCCUGUGCCCAGUUUAUCUGAGAAAAUGAAGGUAAAGAUGACCCUUUCCAAAAAGGCAAGUUCGAGAAUUCAGAAGAAUUCAGCUUCCAGGUUUCAAAUGAGCUCCAGACAUACAAAGACCUUAGCAAAGAACUUGACAAAAAACAAGGAAAAUGUAGCUUCUUUCAAACCUGUGGAAAAGAAAAAUGGAGUCACAACUGAAAAUAAUUUGGAUAAUGCUUCACGUGUACUAAGCCUAAAGGUUAAGCCAAAGGUGACUCUCCAGAUUGGAGCAGCAUUUUUUGCUACUAGAAAGAAAGCUCAUCCUGUCCCUAGAAAGUGUUCUUUGGACACUAGACCAGCAUUUGACCCAGCAAAGAAGGCCCUAUCAAAAGAGAUUGUGGAUGCAGAUUUGCCUAGAAGAGGUGUUAAUAAAACUGUUGAAGGAAGCCAACGCCCAAAGGAGAAGUUGGAAGUUAGGGGUUUGAGCACAAGAAAUGAAAGUGGAAUGAAACAAACCAAGAUGCAGAAUAAUGAAAAUAUAAUGGUUGGGUUGAAGCAAUCAAAUCCUUCACCUGGAAUGAGUUCAGGCAGUGAUUGCAAGACUUUUCCUAACAGGGACUCGGUCAGUGAGAACAAUGGGAAAGCUGUUGCCUAUCCCAUCUUUGGUUCGCCUUCAACCAACAAACAAAGAUUUCAACCACCCUCAGAAGAUCUUUCUUCCCUGGGAUCCAGGACAUCUAUUGAUGUGGCUUCUGAACUCUUUAAACAGCCUCAUAACCAGAAAGUCAUCAAGAAUACCAGAGACUUAAACCAAGGAUUGAAAGACCAGUUUGUUAUUGAUGCAGGUCAGAAGCAUUUUGGGGCCAUUUUAUGCAAAUCUUGUGGCAUGAUCUACACAGCUGCCAGCCCUGAAGAUGAAGUACAACAUGUUCAAUAUCACCAGAGAUUUGUGGAGGGAAUUAAAUUUGUUGGCUGGAAGAAAGAACGUGUAGUAGCAGAGUUUUGGGAUGGGAAAAUCAUAAUGGUUCUGCCAGAUGAUCCAAGAUACGCCAUCAGAAAGGCAGAAGAUGUCCGAGAACUUGUAGAUAACGAACUGGGAUUUAAGCAGGUUGUGCUGAGCUGUCCAAGCAAAACUAAAACCUACCUGUUUGUGUCCAAUGAAAGGAAGGUGGUUGGAUGUUUAAUCGCAGAGCAAAUCAAAAAGGCAUUCCGAGUGUUGUCAGAACCAGCUACUCCAGGAUCUCCCAACAGUCAAGCGCUGGAGCAUCACCGGGCCUGGCGCUGCUCAAGCACCCCGGAAGCUGCACUCUGUGGGAUCAGUAGGAUCUGGGUCUUUAGCCUGAUGCGGAGAAAAGGCAUUGCAGGUCGUUUGGUGGAUGUUGUCAGGAAUACAUUCAUGUAUGGAGGUUACCUCGACAUCAACGAAAUUGCCUUUUCUGAUCCGACACCAGAUGGCAAAUUAUUUGCCACUAAAUACUGCAAUACUCCGAAUUUUCUUGUGUACAAUUUUAUUAGUUAAAACUCAUUCAAAUAUACCUAGAAGUAUUGUGGAUAGAAAAGCUUAAUAGAGUUUAACUUGUUAAAUUAUAAAAAUUUUUUUAAAAAGUCUGUUAAAUUGUUCGUUCUAAUCAAGGGAAGAUAUGGAGAGGAGACUGUGUCACUUUUAUAGAGUCAAUAGUCUUUAUGUUGAAGUCAUGGUACUGUGGAAUCUAUUUGGGGGGGAUUAACUAAAGCCUGCUUAUCUGGUCCAUUGGCAUAUUUGAUUGUGUAGUUGUAGUCUUGUAUUUGACAACUGCCAGAGAAGAUAUUUUAGUUCUGUGCUGCCCUUUUUUAAUAGACACAUAACAUUCAUUAAUCUCUUGCCCCACACAGCAUGGAAGUAGACCAGUAGAUUAUUGCACCUUAACUGUAAUGGGGCACCUACUUAUAGAGAUUUUGCACAACAGCUAUACAAGUCUGAAUCUGCAUCUUCUCCUGACUCAUCUGAAAGUUAUUUUGAACACAAAAUUAGGGAAUUACUUUACCACUAAGAUAAGUUCAUUUACAGAGGGGCUGCUAGUUCUUAGCUUGUACAACAAGUCCAGAAUAUUUGUUUUGUGUUCUUCAGGUUAAUACUAUAUGUAGUAUUCAAAAAUUCUUUCUGGGACAGUGCUGGAGCAUCUUAAGAGUCCCACUUCCUAGAGGGAAAAAUGAGUGGAGGUAAGGAAAGAGUAAAGAAAGGAAGCAUUGUAAAAGUCAUUAAACCAAAAAAAGACUUUCUAGAAGUGGUGAACGAUGAUAGGAAGGUUAAAGGUUGGAUGUGAAAUCUCAUUCUCCCAGCUUGAUCCCAUUCACUCAAGUGUAUUGCUGCACUGUCUUGUUUAAUUGCAAAGUGUUUAAAAUAAAGAUUUUUAUUGAAGUUAA